AUGAAGUCCCUCUCCAUCAUCGCCGCCGCCGUCCUCGCUGCAGGCGUCACCGCCCAAUCCCCCUCCAUCACCACCACCAUCACCGCGCACGCCGGCUGCCCCACGGGCCCCGCCGCCGACGUGAUGGUGACCCGCAGCAACGCACCGGUGCCCAGCUGCGCGGCCGGCAACGGCACCAAGCCGUCCAUCGUGACGAUGCCGGGCUACGGGCCGCCGGCGGGCAACGCCACGGCGACGGGCAGCAUGGCGCCGCAGUUCACGGGCGCGGCGGGCAGGACGGUGGUGUCGGGUGUGCUGGGGGUGGUUGCGGGGUGUGCGGUGUGGAUGUUGUAG